CCCGGGCUGAGCGCUGGGGAGUGAGCCCACGGCCGCUUGGUCGAGGAAUCUGGGAGCAGGCUCAGGGAUCAGCAGCUGAGCUUUCUCACUCAGGCUGUAUCACUGGAAGUCAGUGACCAUGCCGACCUCCUCCACCCAAUUGCCAGCCCUUGACUCUAUCAACUCCACACAGCAGCCCAGCAUCUACUGGUUCUCCAACUUCAUCCACUCUGACAAAGAACUGUCCACAGAAUUUUACAGCCUGUGGAUUGUCCUGAUGGUGGCCAAUGCCAUCAUUUUCCUGGUGGGUGUUGUGCUGAACAGCUUGGCACUGUACGUCUUCUGCUUCCGUACCAAGACAAAAACCACUUCUGUUAUUUACACCAUCAACUUGAUCAUUACUGAUCUCUUGGUGGGCUUUUCCCUGCCUGUCCGGAUCAUCAUGUUCUACAGUGCAGGGGACUGCCCAAAUUGUUCCUUGGUUCAUAUCUUUGGCUACUUUGUCAACAUGUACUGCAGCAUCCUGUUCUUGACGUGCAUCUGCGUCGAUCGCUACCUGGCAAUUGUACAGGUGGAGGCCUCACGUAAAUGGAGGAAUCCCACCUGUGCCAAGGGGAUCUGUGUCUUCAUUUGGCUCUUUGCCACUGUGGUGACUUUCUCCAUUCUGACCAUGGCAAUAAAGUUUUCUGCAUGCUGCCUCUCCAAGAUUCUGGUCCUGAUGGUCUGCGAGUACUUCUUCCCCCUCAUCAUUAUCAUCUUCUUCACCACCAGGAUUAUGUGUGCUCUGUCCAAGCCCAGCCUCAUGCACCAGAGUCGGGAGAGGAGAAUGAGGGCUGUGCAGCUCCUUAUCACUGUCCUCAUUAUCUUCAUGAUCUGCUUCACCCCUUUUCACGUGCGACAGGUCGCAAUCUCCGUCAACCCAGACAUGCCGCAUAACGUCAGCCUCCUUGUCUACCAUGUGACAGUGACUCUCAGUAGUCUCAACAGCUGCAUGGACCCCAUUGUCUAUUGCUUUGUCACCAAUAACUUCCAGUCAACCAUGAAAAACAUCUUCAGGAAAACCGAGCCAGAGCAAACCAACAUGGACAUCCAAGGAACGAAUAAGAACUCCAAGGGCACCAAUGCAAUCAUUGCCUUCUCAAACACAAUAGGAAGUCCUGUGAGCUUGCCAUCACCCAGCAGUGUCCAGAUAUAA